AUGAUUUGGGUGGUGGCGAAGGCGCUGUUGGCUGCCACCCUCUUGUGUCGCGCCCGAGCCUACGGCGCUCAUCCCCAAGUCUACCAUCAUGUCGUGGCCUCAGCAGCGGAUGCCGCGCUCCUCGCCUCUUGUGUCGCCAGAGAGGGUGCCGUCGUGCAUGCUUCCUGGCUUGGGUCGGUGACUCUGCAUGAGCCCAUCAAGGUCGGUGUCUCCAGCCGGCUAACCAUCUUGGGCGGCAGCCCGGGUGCAACGGUUACGUAUUCCCGACCCGCUACCGGCAACGCCGAUUGGCGACGGCCAGACGCCGCCGGAAGCAGCGGUGACGAAGAUGAUGUGGGCGCUCUGUUCCAGGUCGAGAAGGACGCAACUUUGGUGGUGGAAAACCUGUCGGUGUUGAGCGACAGCAGUGGCGGCGGUGACCCUCGCGGCAGCGGCGGUGGGCCUGCGCUGCUGCUGUUCGACCUGCUUCCUGGAAGUCUCGUAGAGGCCCGCGGGUGCUACUUCGGUCCUGCCGGCGGCGGCGGCGGGAGCGCUUCGCCUGCUGUUGCCCACGUCGCGAAGAGCAGUCGCUUGCAUCUGGCGGACGGAUGCUCGGUCGUGCUACGGGACAGCAGCAGCCCGAGCGCUGGAGGCGGAGAGCCAGCACGGAACGGCGGUGGCUGGCUGGCGGCGGCGUUGGUUGUGGAGAGCGGCGGGGAGUUUCUCGCGGAGUCGAUGGCGUUUCGCCGCAUCGUAGCAACAGCAACCCGACCGCCAGAAACGGAGUCCUUCGAGGAGGAUGCCGCAACACACAAUGUGCGCGGUACAAGUGACUACGGCGCGGGGUUGACGCUCUUGCGGCUGCUCGGCGGCACCGCUACCCUGGUCGACUGCGAGUUCUCCGAGGGGGGCUUCGCGGGAGGAGCGAGCGGCCGCGACGCUGCGUGGGUAGAGAGCCGAGUGUUGCUCUUGAGGUGGGCGGGAGCGGCGCCAUUGCUUAGCGGCGGCCGGGUCGAGGCGCAUCAAGCCAAGGGAGCGGUAACCGCCGUCGCUCCGACGUCAAGCACGGAAUACCAACACUUGAGUGGCACCACCACCACCACCACCACCACCACCACCACCACCCCGGCGGUGGACGAUGAAGAGAUUGACGCGCCGCUCCUCGAGUCGACUUCUUGGGGCGUCUUUGACGGCAGGCUUCUGCUGCCGCCGCCGCCGCCGCCACCGAACGGAGCGCCCCCCAUGCGGUCGCGUUCGCCGCCGGGCAGCGUGGAAAGCCACCGCUCCGUCUGGGUGUCCGGCGACGGGUCCCAGCUCUGGGUGCACUCGACCGGCGGCGGCACCGCAGGUGCCGUCGUCGACGGGAACGCUCUGCGAGAGGCGGACGGCUUCGCCGGGGGUGAUGAUAAUCUUCUCCAGGCGCUGCAGCAGCAGCGGUCGUGGUGGUGGUUGCCUUUCGGCACCCGGGGCUUCCUCGCCUUGCAAGAGCGGCUGUUCGGCGUGCCGCGGCUUGGUGCGAGCAGUGAGGCCACCGGGAGUGCCGGCAAGGGGAGGGGGCUGCGAGGGGGCGAGAAUCCCGUGGCGUCGCCCCCAGGUUCAGCAGGCGGCGGGAGCGGGGUGGCGGGGGAGGCUGGCGGGGAGGACGAGGACCACGAGAUGGACAUCGCCCCCGCGGGAGGUCUUGGCCGCAGGGGUCUCUUGGUGGAGUGCCCCGAGGGCUACUUCGGAGAUUCCUGCUCCGAGUGCGCUUCGGGGUUCGUUGAGACGGAGGGAGGCGAGUGCGAGGCGGCUCGGUCUCAGUGCACCGUCGGCAACGCCGUCCGGGCGGUUGUUUUCGUCACCCUCGCCGUCUUGAUACUCUGCUUCACUCUGGAUGCCUUGUGGAACGGGAAGUCGCCGCCACGCAGGAUCGCGCAGAUGUGGGGAGGGAUCACGAACAGGGGCUCGAAGGAGGACGCCGCUCCGAUGUCCGCAUCGUCGCACGGCCGUUCUUCCAAACACCUUGCCGCCAACGGCAAUGGCCCGCGAACAGCAGGACGGUCGGGGGCCGGGGGGGGGGGGGGGAAUGAUGCUUCGGGCGGGGACAGCUGCGGACGCGAGGGCUUGGGGCGGUUAUUGCAGGGAGGCUUGGUUUUCGUGGUCACGGCACAAAUCAUUACCCUGGGGUCUGAAGUGAUGGAGCUAGAGUUUCCCAUGGCCAUGCAGAGGGUGCUGUCGGCGCUCAAGUGGACCAACGUGGACCCCCAAUCCUUCGCCGGGAGCUGCGUGUUGCCCGAGCUUCCCUUUUUGGACCGCGUGAACGGUACAGUCGGCCUCCUCACGGUUGCCCUGGUGGCGCUAUUCCUGAGUUUCGUCCUGGCCGGCUUCUGCACCGACUGGGAGAACAGCGGCAUCAACAACGGCAACCAUCCGGUGCGCAAGGGAGCUUCGGUGCGGCAGGGCGAGGGUGCUUGGGGGGGGCGGCACGACAGUGCUCCGGUUUCCUCCGUUCAGAUGGAGACCGGUGGCGGCAGCGGGAGCUUGAGAAGUGAUGCUUGGGAGCGGUGGGGUCGCUGGAGCGCUGCUGAGAGACACACCUGCGCCGCUGUGGUGGUCUGCCUCCUCUUGUACCCGGUGGUGUGCACGGUGCUGCUGAGAGUGUUCGAUUGCCGGGACGGGGAAGGGAAUGGAGACGCCGACGACGGGGAAGGCAGCUGGCUCAGGGCGGACACGACCGUCGAGUGUUCCUCCGGACAGCACACAUCCUACGAGAUGAUCGCCGCCACCUGUCUGGGUCUGUACGGGCUCGGCUUGCCCUUGGCGCUGGCGACCAUCGUGUAUUGGGCCAAGUCCGGCGAAGAAGAUCAACGCGACGUGGCGCCUCCCUCCGCCUCCGCCGCCGCUGCACCGGACGAUGAUGACGAUGAUGACGAUGAUGACGAUACCAACGACACCACCGUAGCGGUCCGGAGGCUGAGAGGAGGGGCUCUCCUGCAAGGGGGCCCCGCAGCCAGCGGCGGCGGCGGUGGGGGGGGGGGAGGCUUCCCGCCCCGCGGACGAGGAGCAUCAGGGGCGGGGUCCGUCGAAGAAGAUGCUUCCUUCCUAGCGGCGAUGACGUCAUCGCCGACUCUCUCGGGCGGGGACGGCGGCGAGCGCGCGGGUAACGGUAACGGCGUCAACAUCACCUCGGCGGCGUCGGCUAUCGCCCGGGCAGGCCGGAGGAGUGGGGGAGGGGAUUCGGGACACGUGGACGCCAGCGUCGCGGCGGCGGCGGCGGCGGCGGCGGCGGCUUCCCCCCGGACUGGCGGCGGCAGCGGGGGGUGCUGCGUGUGGCUGUCGAAGAGCAAGGCGUGGAGGGCGUCGGGGAGAGGGGUUCUGGCCGUCCGCAAGUCCAUGUCCCCCGACUCGGAUUCUUCUUGGGAGACGACGUCUUCCAAGAGGAAUAACAGGAGAUGGCGCAGCACCAUUCCUGUCUGGUCCCCCUACAAGGCAGGCCGCCAGGGGUUCGCGGCCUGGGAGAUUGGGAGGCGUUUGCUGCUCACCGGGUUCCUGACCGCGGUGCCCCCCGGGGAGGGUUUCAUGCGCGUUGCGGUGGCGUGUGCGCUAGCGGGCGUGUCCUUAGUGGUUGGCGAGGUGGUCCGGCCGCACAGGGACCCUUGGAUCGGCUGGGUUUACCGCGGGGGGGGCUUUGCCAUCUUGCUGGCGAACCUGACCGGGCUGGCCCAAAAGAUCGGGGCUGCAGACACGGGGUCCCCGUGGGUGGUCGUCUCCGCCGGCAUCUUCAUCUCCCUCGUGUUGGCCCUGGCCGUCUGCCUGUGCGGGGGGUGGAGGCUCUCGUGCGCCGAGCAGGGCAGCAGCGCGGCCGCCGCCGCCGCCAUCAUCCCCCGUCGCGACUCCCGGUCAGCGUUUCCGUCUGUAGUCGGCCCUAGCGUGGGCGGCGACCACCACGACGGAGACCUUGGUAGUAGUAGCACCAGAGGGCGCCAGAAGGCGCCUCCACUGCGACACGCCGGGCCUGACUCGGUCAGCAGGAGCGGCGACGGCGACGGCGAUUGCGGUGGGGGCCCGGAUUCCGCCAGUGUCCCCGGCCGAGAUGUUUUCGUUGCCGCGGCUGUUCGGUCGGAGAGCAGCGCUGUUCCCGACAGCGGCAGGGGUCAGUCGCCCUCCAGCUUCGCGAGCACGAGCUUCGAGAGCGGGGCGUCCGAGACCAGUCGGAGUCGGAGGCGGAGCGACCAGGCCCGCGUCCUGGCCAGCUGGCGAAACAGCACGGGGUCGACCGGCUUCUCGGGGUCUCGCUCGCGGCGGACCAUGAGCAGGGUUUCGUCUUCCGGAGGAGGCGUCACCCCGACCGACCAACAGACCCCCGCGCCCGUCGGGAACAGGGGCCGAGGGAAGAUGUUCCGGAGGAAAUCCAGCGAGGCUCUGAACGGGGGCGUCAGCUUCUUGAGCCUGCAGAGCAACAGCAGCGCGACGAGCGGCGGCGGGGGCAAGGGGGGCCCGACGGAGCUGCGGCGCCUUCGGUCUGAGCGCUCCCGGUCCUACUCGAGCGGGCAGAUCGACCUCAAGAUGCUCCAGGGCUUGGGGAACUUCCCCGCCGCCACUGAGGGACCCGACGGACAGAAACCGAUCGUGGGUGACUCGAGAACCCUCGGCACGAACUGGGUCGGGCAGAACGCGCGAGGGGGCUGGCCGCUCGACCUCCCGGCGAGCUCGGCGAUGCCCAGGUGGUGGAUCGAGCACGCCUCCCGCAGCGGCGGGGACAGCUCACACAGCCUUGGCGUAGGCGGCGGCGGCGGCGGCAGCGACUUUGCCGCCGGGGCCCCGCCGGACCUCGUGCUGGCCGCGCAGGAGCGGGCGAAGGCGGCGGAGAGGGAGGCUGCGGCGGCCCGCGUGGAGGCCAUGUUCGGGGACGAGAACCACCUCAACGAGCGGCGCUUCAGCAACGCCGACGGCGGGAGCAACAUCGACGACUUCCGGGCCUUCGUCCGCGCCAGGGCUUCCGGCACCAGCUCGUUCGACUCCCGCUGCCCCCCCGAGGGCGGUCGCGACGAGGCGUCGGUCGGGGACGAAGCCAGCGACGGCGGGAGCGCGAGUACCGGCGGUAACGGCGCCUACUGGGACACGGGCGACGACGCCGGCUCCACAUUCUCCCAGGACCAGUCCGACAACGGCGGCGGCGGCGGCGGCGGCCGGUACGUGAACAAGCGGGGCGGGGGCGGAAGGAAGCUCCCGUCCGCCAUCGGGUCUAGGUCAUCGCCCGUGGGCGGCGGUGCGGAGACCCCCCUGACCUCGGCGGAGCUGAAGCAGUACCUGAACUUCGACUUCGAGGACGACGACGGGAGCCUGGCCGGGGACCCCGUCAGCUUCAUCCGCGUCUCGGAGCGCGUCAACAGCAUCAACGCCAAGCGGCUCUUCUCGUCUCUCAAAGGGGAGGGGGGGUAA